UGUCGCCACGACAGUUAAAAUUAGUCCGUGGAACAGUUAAGAAAAGAAUGAAGGCGUGAUGUGAGGAUGCCUGUGUUGGGACGCUGUGGGUGUCUGCACUCGUCCGCAGCUCGGCUUUUGAUUAGCUGCAGGAGCAGCAGCAGGACACACAGACGGGAAGACAUCAAGGAUGCAGCACGCUGACGAGCAGACAGGUCAGCAGACACGGGGCUUUGCGCUCAGAUGAAGGGCCAUGCUGACUGUGGCGUGCAGUUGAGGUGCGGCUCCGGGUCUCGCUUUGGUCGCAGUACAGUCCUCCCCUGCUCGGAUUUGUCCUUGGCGCAUGAAGGGAUGUCGGCUUCUCAUCAGAUCAGUCUGUUCAUGGUUCUGCUGGGUGUGCUAAUGACAUGUGCCCAGACAGAGAUGAAGAGGGUUGUUGGAGACAAUGCCACACUGCCCUGCCACCAUCACUUCUGGGUUGGUGAUCAUCCCACUCUGGACAUUGAGUGGCUGCUCCUCAAGCCAACUAACAGGCAGAGAGUGGUGAUUACCUACUUUUCUGGAAGAGUUUUUGACCCCGAUGAAGGAGAACGUGGUCGUGUAGCUUUUGCUGGAGAGUACUUAAAAGGCGACGCAUCUCUGCUCAUCAGUGACUUGUCACUGACAGACUCAGGAGAGUACAGCUGCAAAGUCAAGACUGGGCCACGGUACCACUGGAGUACCAUCAGUCUCACAGUGCUAGUGAAGCCAUCUAGGCCACAGUGCUGGAUGGAGGGCAAAUUCUUGGAAGGCAGUGAUGUUAAGAUGAGCUGCAAGUCCACUGAUGGCUCUGAUCCUAUCCAUUACAAAUGGGAAAAAGUACUGGACGAAGGCAAAUAUGUAGACAAGCUGCCUCCACUGACCCUGAUAGAUUUCAAAACCCCAGAGAUUGUGGCAUUGAGGAAUUUGACCAAGGACAAUGCCGGACUCUACAAAUGCACAGCCAGCAAUGAUGUGGGAGAAGAGAGCUGUACAAUGGAAGUCAAGAUACACUAUGUGAAGGGAAUUGGUGUGGUAGCAGGUGUAGUGGUUGGUGUGUCCUUCGCCAUUCUGCUUAUCUUACUCAUCAUCUGGUUGGUAUUCUGCAAAAAGGACAUGAAAAAAAAUGAAGAAGAGGAGACGCCCAAUGAAAUCAGGGAGGAUGCAGAAGCUCCCAAAGCCAAACUAGUGAAGCCCAACUCCCUCUCCUCAUCUCGUUCUGGCAGUUCCCAUUCGGGUACCUCCUCCACCCAGUCCAUGGUGCACAACAUGGGACCUAAAUGUCAGCGUGCCUUUGUUCCUGCUGUGGCUGCCCUUAACGAGAACUGCCAGGCUUUCCCACAGUCUCCACCUGAAUGCCAUCAGAAGAUUCCCAAGAUCCCUGAACAUCUUUUGGACCCACUUCCAUGUCUACCUCUCACUCCAAACCCAGCCCCCGUCCAAAGUUCAGCCCAGGGAACAUGAAUUAUAUUGGGGCCACUGCUGUAGAAGAAAAAUCCAGUUCCUCAAUUUACUUAAUUCACACUUUGACAAAACACUUUCAGCAACUUAACUCUUGAAGAAUUUCUGCAAUAUAAAAACAGUUUUGUUCUGGUGUCAUUUAUUUGCACACAGUCACCUCUGUAGAUUUUAGAGAUUCUAAAAGAAAUGGAAGCUCUGAUGCUGUAAUGUUUAAAGAGAGGACUGAAUGUACCAGGAUGGAUUGGACAGUACAAAGUGGACUGAAGUUGAAUUAAAUGAAGACAUAGAUGUGAGUGGCAUCUUCCUUCUCUUUGAAGAAUAUAACCAAUUGCUUACAGACACACAGUAAGUGAAGAAUGUUUCUUCAUUUACUGUGUGAGAUUGUUAGGUUGUUAAAAAUAUAUUUCAGUAUACUUUUAACAACCUAACAAUCUCACAUACACCUGUUAACACCUGUAGUUUUACUUUCUGACAAAAGUUUAGGUUUUUACAGAUUUGGAUAUGACUCAGCACAGUCUCAGAGGUAUUUUUAAUUCAGGUUCAUCGACCAGUUCUUACCAUUGUUCACUUUUACAUGAAAAUGAAAAAAUACCUGCAACACAGUCUGAUUGCAGUUUGUAAAAUGGACGUUAAAUAUUGUAUUUUUUAGUUGGAUCAAGCUCCACUGCAGAAAGAAGUAUGUAAUAGUGCUUGCAUAAAUCACAGGACCUAAAAACUUUCGUCUGAGUGUUUUUUUGUUUGCUUUGUGGUGGACCACCAGGGGAAUCCACUCACAUCCAGCGAGAAGGGAAGAGGGAGGGGUAAAUUUUUUGGGUUGUAGGAAGUGUUUGCUGCCUUGUGAGUUCAGUUGUGUGAAGCUGAAAUUAAAGUUGGAGUAAAACGUGAUGAAGUCUGGUGUCAUCCUUACGUACCGGUCAUAUUGGUGACCUCUGAGACAAACAUGCUGAGGCCCGAAGAGGAAACCGGCCCUUUCCCAGAAACAUUUGCGGCUGCCAGACUCCCACCUCUGCCUGCAGCUGCGUUUGCUUUGCUAGUUAAAGUACAGGACUUUGAGCUUCACGACCCUCCUUCAUGGUUCGAGCAUGUCGAACCUCAGUUUGCUCUUCAUGGAAUUUUAUCCGACGACACGAAAAACAUGUGGUGGCCUCAUUGGACUCCGCUGUCCAUGCGCAGUGUGAUGACCAUCCUCCGGAAUCUCCCUGCCCAAAGGAAAUACACCGCUCUCAAGGCGCUGCUGCUGUGGCGCUACUCCCUCUCCGACACAGAGAAAAGAAACUCCUCUCUCUCUCUCAGGCUUAGGUGAUGGUACCACUUUCAAGCUCAUGGAGAAAACGCUGUGCUUACCGGGGAUGGAUGACAUAGGGUUCCUCUUCACACAUGGUUAUCUCCGACAACUGUCCGCUUCUGUGAGGGCUGGCACCCACACUAAUUCUCCCGGAGGCCUCUGGCUCAGUGACAGCAGCUGGGAUCACGGCACGACGGCACUGAGAAAAAGGGCUGUGUUUUUACCAUCAGCGUUUUGGCGCCAGAGUGAAGCUUUAAGGCCCAGGUAAAUGAGCCCGCCAGUGGUCUGUAGCAGACGUGACCACUGGUGACCAGGAAUGGCUGCUCUUCAUAGAAGACUCACACUCGGGGAGACAUUUUCUGGUCGACUCUGGCUCCCCUCCUACCCUCGGCUGGUUCUGACAGGCUAGCUGAGGGCUGCGUGCAACUACUAACAGUGGCUAAUGGCUUCCCCAUCAAAACAUUUGGUGAAAAGUUGGUGACCGUUUGUUUUCAUGACCGUGACUUGCAGUUGAACUUUGUGAUUGCUGCAAGCUCUGUGCCGAUAAUAGGUGCAGAUUUUCUUUGUGCUCACAGACUACUGGUUGAUGUCGCUAACAGAUGUUUGAUCAAUGCUGUGUCAUUUUCUUCACUGCUAUGCUAAUCUUGCAGUUUCAUGUAGGUUCAUGUAGGCAAACUUGAUGAUGUCAUUUGAGCUGUACUGUGCAGUACAGUCAUGUGUUAGCCGGGUGAACAGCAGUGCGCUAAGCACACAGCCCUGUGGCAAUUCUGUACUCAGUUUGAAGUCAAUAAACAGCGUUCUGACAUAAGUGUCCUUUUUGUCGUGAUGGGAGAGAGAAAGGUGAAGAGCAGAUGAGAUGGCAUCAUCUGUGCAGCAGAUUGGGCGGUAAGCAAACUGUAGCGGGUCCAGAUUCUGUGGAAGCUGAGUUUUCUUGUGCCUCAAUAACAGCCUCUCAAAGCACUUUGUGAUGAUGGGGGUAAG